AUGUUCGACUGGGCGAAACAAAAGCUCGGCGUCUCAGACCCCACUUAUAGAUCUUCCGCCAUACUGUCCGUCGCCGAACAGGCAAGCGAAACACCCUUUUCCGAGCUCAAGAGAGAGAAUCAAGCGUGGGAGUGUAUAGAAGCAACCAGUGUGGAGUCGAAGACUUUCUACAUGGUUAGCAAUAGCGGCAAAUUUGCUUGGGUUCAGGUGAUAUAUAGCAACAUUAUGAACCUUCGGAGAACGGUACAUUUCAACACCAAGAUAUAUCCCCAAGACCCAAGCGGAGACCUCAUUUGGAGUUUGGUCAACGUCUUGAACUUCAGUUUCUCGCCAGACAAGCAAGACUUCGCCGCGGAUGACUGCUCUUUAUCUCUUGAUGAGAGCGGAGAGAGUUUUCAGAUCAAUAGUCGCGUGGAUCCAGGAAUCAUAGUGGACUUGACAUUUACAAAAACGGCGCCGGGAAUCGUGGCAGGCAAGAACGGGACAACAAACUUCGGCCCGGAUCCAGAAACGCCUUGGGGUCGUAUCAAACACGCUUUCUGGCCUCGGUGCCGGGUGGAGGGAACCAUAAUGACGAGGCAGGGUCUGAUGGAUUUCGACGGGCAAGGGAUGGUCUCGCAUGCAUUGCAAGGCAUGCAGCCACAUCUCGCAGCGGCCAGGUGGAACUUUGGGUUCUUCCAAGGUCCGACGUAUUCGGCGUUCAUGAUGGAGUUCAUUACGCCGCCGUCGUAUGGGAACACCAUUGUUAAUGUAGGUGCGAUUGCGACGGAUGGCACUAUUGUGCUUGCUGGUGCAUCUCCUUUGACCAGAGUGCAGCAUGUGGAAACUAGAGUCGAUCCAGAGACAGAUUAUCCUGAGCCUUGCGUUGUGGAUCUCACAUGGGAAGGUACCGGCACAGGAGGAAGAAACAUGAAAGCCAAGAUCACAAGCAGUUUGGGCGCUCGGACAGAUCGAAUCGAUGUUAUGGGUGAGAUGCCACGAGUUGUCAAGCAACUUCUUGCGACAGCUUCGGGUGCGAAGCCUUACAUAUACCAGUACAUACGGAAAGUAAAACUGAUGAUCACGUUCGACGAUCAGGUAUUCAGGGAGGAGGAAGGUCAGCUGUUCAUGGAGACUACUUUCCUUUCUUGA